AUGGGCCAGACAAGCCCCUUCCCAAACUGCCGAUGCCCGCCGCGUCUGGCAGUGGACGGUGGAGGGGAAGGAGCUCAAUGCGUGUCUCAGAUCUUGCGGUGUUCCACAACUGCCUCUAGCUCACCUGGAGCACCGGAAGCUCAGCGGCAGACACCCACAGUCUUCGCCACAGAUGCAGGGAUGGAGGACGAUUCCUUUCCAACCAUGCAGGUGUUCGUUGAGCAGAUGAAGAAUGGUGUUCGCCUCAUCCUGAGCCUAGACGGAAUUGGCCUCGAUGUGGAUGCCAAGCUCGACCAGUCCUGGGAGACUUUGACACUGGUCUUCAACGGCGUAGAGAAGACCAUACGCCUUGGGGGCGUGCAGCAUGUCUCCGUGUACAAGAACCCUGAACCCUACCGGAGACUCGAGCAAUUGGAGGCAUCCAGCGACCCCUGUUGGGCAGUCCGCCUCGAACUGGAAGAUGACCGUUUCUGCGAGUUCAUCUUCCUCUCUCAAAGCGAUGGGAAGUAUUUUGGUCGCUGCCUGAACGUCCUCGUGGAAGCUGCACGCCUGGCUCGCUUGAAGGCUCGUGGAGAUCAACCAGAUGUC